UCAUUCUCUGAUAUUAAUAAGGAUAGACAUAACACCAAACCUGCAAACAUAUGCCAAAACACACAUUUGAGUACAGGAUGUGAUGAGAGAGAGAGAGAGAAUGUUGUGUAUUCGGUGUCCUCAAGUGUGAGCUGUGGGCCCGAGUCGUGGGUCGGGAUAGUGUUUAGUGGCAACGAUUGGUCAAACCCUUUGCACUUUCUCUGCGGUACAAUAGGCCAAACCCAACCCCUUAUCGAAUCCCAAACAUUGCAAACACAGCCACAGCUCUGGCCGAUCAUUGGAUGGCUGUUAAUGUGUUGGUAUAGUAUGCGAGCGCUCGCAUACCUGCCUACAGCCAUUGUUCCAACGCAUCACAUCUCAUAUGAUAUGCCGACUCGGAGGCCAAACUGGCCAUUCAUUUGGCACAAUAUCACACAAACCACCAUUAAUUUAGAUACUAAUUUCGCCGAUCCUUUAUCUCAUUGUAUGCAUUGUUUGUGUGUGUCUUCUUCUCGAACCCUCAUCUCCACCAACACAUCCACCAACACAUCCACCAUCACAUCUAACAUCACAUCCAACAUCACUGACAUCUCCUCCACCUCUUCGCCGCAUUCGGCAAAAACUGUGAAAAAUAGACUCAGAAGUUAUUCUGUGUCCAAAUCGUGUCCGAUAUCGGCAACAAUUGCUAUCUUAAUAGUCAUAAUGUUAUUCAUUGAUGUGACUCUUGCUUGUGGUCCGGGAAGAGGUGGGGGUCGGAGAAGAAGUCCGAGAAAACUGACUCCUCUUGUAUUCAAACAACACGUUCCCAAUGUAUCUGAGAAUACAUUGGGCGCCAGCGGACAGCCCGACGGCAAAGUGACCAAAGAUGAGCAGAGGUUUAGAGAAUUAGUGCCAAAUUAUAACAACGAUAUCAUCUUUAAAGAUGAAGAGGGGACGGGAGCUGACAGACUCAUGACUCAGAGAUUGAAGGAGAAGUUGAACACAUUGGCCAUUUCGGUGAUGAAUCAGUGGCCGGGAGUCAAACUGAGAGUGACUGAGGGGUGGGAUGAAGAGGGCCAUCACGCCAUCGAUUCACUUCAUUACGAGGGCAGAGCUGUGGACAUAACGACCAGUGAUAGGGACCGAUCCAAGUAUGGAAUGCUCGCCCGUCUGGCCGUUGAGGCCGGCUUUGAUUGGGUCUACUAUGAGUCCAGGUUUCACAUCCACUGCUCUAGAAAUCAGAGGCGACCCGUUCUGGCGAUAUCGCUCACACCGUCUCAUCUGAUUUAUGUGACGGACGACAACACGACAGUCGAGAGCCGACGCAUGAGUCGAGUGGAGUACGCGAAGAAUGUCCAGAAGGAUCAGUUCCUGUAUACCUCUUCAUUAGGUGAUAAUAAGUGGUUGACAUCCACUCUGGAGAGUCUAAAGUCAAGCAAACACUCGGUCUCUAUGGACAGAGUGGUGAGUGUGAAGACUCGGGUGGCUUCGGGUGCGUUCGCGCCGCUGACCCGCGCCGGCAAUUUGAUUGUGAAUAACGUAAUCGCUUCGUGUUAUGCAGUGAUUGGCGAUCAAAGUGUCGCUCAUUUCUCAUUCUUUCCGAUAAGACUAUUUGAAAGUAUCAAAGACUCGAUCCAAUCGAUGGCCUCUUUAUUGCACUUAAGAGACCGACAGUCAAAUCACAAGAUUGUGUCUUCGCAUCAAAUCGGUGUUCACUGGUAUCCAAAACUGUUAUAUAGUUUAUCAAAAUAUAUCGUGCCUUCGGAUCAAAUUAUUUUUCAA